UCUCUUCUCAUUGCCCCCUACCAACAGCCUAUAACACAUACAUUCACUAAAUCCAUCACAAGAAAAUCAAAUCCUUCUAGUAAUUAAGCUAAGAAAAUGAUGAAAACACUACUUCUUCCUCUUUUUCUCCUCCAUCUAAUUUCAUCAAUUAUAACCACAUCUUCUUCUUCUGUUAGUGACAUUGUCCGCUCAUCUUGCGUGCACGCCAGCUAUCCGACAAUUUGCAUCAGAACACUCUCUUCCUACUCUGGCUCUGCUAUUAACACCCCACAAGAUUUAGCUCAAGCCGCGGUGAAAAUCACCCUUUCCCGAGCACACAAAGCGUCUGGGUUCCUGUCUCAGGUGAAAGUAGACAGCAAAAGAGAGAAAGGAGCAUUGAGUGAUUGUAUCGAACAAAUGGGAGACUCGAUGGAGGAGCUGAGGAAGAGUUUGUCAGAAUUCAAACAUCUACGCAGGGGAAAUGCAUUCAAGUGGCAAAUGAGCAAUUUGGAGACGUGGGUCAGUGCUGCUUUGACAAAUGAAGAUACAUGUCUUGAUGGAUUCAAGGAAAUUGAUGGCAAAAUCAGGUCUGAUGUGAAACGAAAGAUUACAAAUGUUGCUAGAGUUACUAGUAAUGCACUUUACCUUAUCAAUCGACUUGAUGAUUCUCGAAACAAAAUUCCUCAUCCUUGAUCAUUAAUUCGGUUAAUUAACAUUA